GACAAUCCUUCAGCCAUGUCGGACGAUCGUAAACGGAGCUACGAUGAUGAUGGUCAACAAUUUCCUAGGAAGGAGCGCCGCACUGGAAAAGUUAUCAAGAUAUUGUGUCCUUACUAUUGCACAGGUGCUGUGAUAGGAACCAAAGGAGCAGCUAUUGAUCAAAUCAAGCAGGAAAGCGGUACUAACAUUCAGGUCUCUAAAGGAGCUGCUAGGUUUCCUAAAACUGAUGAACGAGUUAUAGCAAUAUCAGGAGAAUUAGAAGGCCAAAUGAAGGUAAUUCAGUUUGUUCAGGAUAAAAUCCGUACUGAAAAGCCUUCACCUCAAGCAAAGGGAGUCAGAUUUGACAAAGUAGAUGCUCGUAAAAGUAUCUGUAAAAUUGUUGUGUCAGAUCAAAGUGUAGGGAAACUUAUUGGAAAGGGUGGAGCUAAUGUUAACCGCCUAAAAGAUGAUCAUCAAGUGAAGAUCACCAUGACUAAACCGGCUGAUGCUGUUGCUGGUUUGAGUGAGCGCAUAGUUUCUGUUGAGGGUGAUGAUAAAGGGGUUGACAAUUGUGUUGCUGAUGUUAUAAAAGAAGUUUAUGAAGAUGACAGAGUAAAUAUGGAUUACAAUUUGGACUAUAACCAAUUUCAGAUGGAUCGUGGUGGUUAUAGCAAUAACAGCAGUGGUGGUUAUGGUAACCAAGGAGGUGGUUAUGGAAGUCAAGGUGGGGGUUAUGGGAACCAAGGUGGCUACGGAAAUCAAGGUAGCGGUUAUGGCAAUCAAGAUGGUGGUUAUGGCAACCAAAGUGGUGGUUAUGAUAAUCAGGGCGGUUAUGGUAAUCAACCUGGAUAUGGCAGCCAAGGAGGUGGAUACAAUGGAAAUCAAGGAGCUGGAUAUGGAAACCAAGGUGGCGGCUAUGGCAAUCAAGGUGGGGGAUAUGGAAAUCAAGGUGGUGGUUACAGUAACCAAGCAGGUGGCUAUGGAAAUCAAGGCUAUGGAAAUCAAGCUGCUGGCUAUGGCACCCCAGCUGCUGGUUAUGGCAACCAAGCUGCUGGAUAUGGAGCAGGUUAUGCUACUGACAAUAAAAGUGGUGGUAGUAGGGAGGGUAGUUUUAGCAAUCAGUCUAAUUACAAAGAUAAUUAUUGAGUUAACCAUGUUUUUAUCAUUAUAAGUUAUCUUGGAUCGAAGAUGGUCAGAUAGAGCUCUCCCGUUUUGGUAGAGGUCAUAAUUUAUAUAUUGUUGUUACGUAGUUAUUUAAAACAGAACAGAAUGCAGACUAAGUUAGUUUGUAAAUGACAUUGCGUUGUAUUUGGAUGAUUAGUAAAGCAAUAAGAGUAUAUACUAUAAGUAAGUACUAUAUAGUUCUUAAUGCAGCAUGUAAAUUGUGCACCAGGAGAUAUGCUGGGAUUUUGCUCUUGACUUUCUGUUUCACUUGAAUACCUGGUAUAAGCACUGUUGAUCUUACUUUAAUACUUAAAUAAUAGUGUUCACGAGUUUUUAUGCUAAAUGAUAUGAAUUGUCAGUGACAAGCUAAACUUCUAUGAAAGAAGCUAAUAAAUUUCAACAAUACAUGAUUGAUUUCUUCCCUAAGUAUCAAGGUGUGUAAAGUGAUGCCAGUGUUAUAUAUCUCUAUAUAUAAUCUGUAUACUCUAUUGAUCUUUAUCUUGAAACAUAUCAGAUUGGUUAGUCGUUAUCAGUGGACUAACAAUGUUUAUCAAUAUCAAUAGACUAAAUUUGAAACUGUUCGUACAUUUAAUGCCUACAGCUUUUGCAGCAACCUCGCGGCAAAUUCUAAUUGAAAGUCAAUGAACAGCAAUUUAUGAUGGUUCAUUACAUUUAAACAAACAUGACAGCCUUCUCACACCACUGUUUCCCUUUCUAGUCAGCUCAGCCGUUAUCAUGGGAGAUCGUAAGCGUGCAUAUGAUGAUGAAGGUGAUCAGAAAUUUGCCAAGAGAGACCGUCGAAAUGAGAAAGUCAUCAAAGUGCUUUGUCCCUAUUACAGUGCAGGUGCAGUCAUUGGUAAGGGUGGUGAAGCCAUCAAACAGAUCAAAGAAGAAACCGGUGCUAACAUCCAGGUCUCAAAAAACAAUGUUCGAUUUCCCAAUACUGAUGAACGAGUCAUAUCAAUAUCUGGCGAGCUCGAAUCCAUGCAUAAAGUAAUUGCUUUUGUUCAAGAGAAGAUUCGUACGGAUAAGGUCCCUCCACACGUCAAAAAUAUCAAUACUAGUCAGAACGAUGCUAGAAAAGCUACCUGUAAGAUCGUAGUUCCUGAUACCAGUGUUGGGAAGAUCAUAGGUAAGGCAGGAGCCAAUGUGAAUCGUUUGAAAGAUCAGUUCAAUGUUAAGAUUGGUACAAUGAAAAAGGAAGAGGCCAUCGAAGGCCUUCGUGAACGAAUCAUAACUAUAGAGAGUGAGGACACAAAGAAUGUAGAUGAUUGUGUGGCUGAGAUGGUAAAGGACGUGUACGAGGAUGAGAGGGGUCACAUGGACUAUAACGUGGAUUACGAGCGGUUCUCAACUGGAGGUGGUCGUGGUGGUGGUCGUGGUGAUGACAGAGGUUCAGGUGGAUAUGGAGGGGGUGACAAGUACGGGGGUGGUGAUCGAGGCAGCUACAGAAACGAACGUGGCAGCUAUGGAGGGGACCGUGGUGGCUACGGGGCUGCUUCUUAUUCUGCGCCUGCCUCCUACCCUCCUUCCUCAUAUGACAGGCCUGCUUACGGAGCUGAUAAAGGAGGGUAUGGAAGUAGUGGUGGGUAUGGUGCUAGUAGUGGUGGAUAUGGCGCUAGUGACAGCUAUAGUCGAGAUUACAACACCAGCUCGUCUGGCUACAGCCGUCCUGCCGACCCUUACAGCCGUUCUGACUCAUACAGUCGUGGUGGUGAGAGCAGGGAGACAUACAGUCGUGGUGAUAGCCGUGCUCCUGCACCCGAGGGUUAUGGCCGUGAUUCUCAAGGCCGUAGUGAUUCGUAUGGUCGUGACAACCGUGCUUCAUCUUACAACUACUAGUGCCUCUCUUACAACUGCUAGUCCUAGCCCUGGUCCUCUCCCCUGGUUGUAAGUCACAGACAUUUCCAUUAAUUUUACCAAAACACGUCCCUUAGCCCCCUGGUUGCUUACUUAGCCAGGCUCGGUGUUGAUGGUCUUUAUGUAUUUACUCUUUCGACAGCCAUGUUUACAAACUUAUGCAAGUCUCUAAUUUUAGUUAGAACAUUUUCAACAUGUUCUCAAACCAAGCUCUCCCGUCUGACUUGAAUUAUAAAAGUGUUAUUUUAUCUUAAAAUUUGAUUUAAUUCUUGAGAUCAUGCUGGAUCAUUUAAAUUUUACAAAUGAUAUAUAUUUGAUGUAAAAA